UAAGACUUCUGUCUGUACUGCAGUCCAACAUGCCGAAUGCAAACAGCAUCAAAGUUGCUGUUAGGGUACGUCCUUUUAACCAGAGGGAGAAAGUUCUGCAAUGCAAAUGCAUUGUCUCCAUGCUGGGCAGCAGUACUCAGGUCACAGACCCCAAAAACCUCAACAACAGGAAGAGUUUUCUUUUUGACCACUGCUAUUGGUCCCAUGAUGAGUAUACUGAGAAUGAAGAAGGAGUCCACGUUUCUGAUGGUCCUCACAGCAGAUAUGCUGAUCAGGGUAAGGUCUUCAAUGACCUUGGCAGAAUCAUUCUGGAGAAUGUGUGGAGAGGAUUCAAUGCCACUUUGUUUGCUUAUGGGCAGACUGGAUCUGGAAAAAGCUACACCAUGACAGGCUAUGGGCAAAACAAAGGCCUGGUCUCCAUGAUUUGUGAAGAGCUGUUCAGGGGGAUUAGAGAGAAGCAGAGCCCUGAGAGACAGUUUCAUGUGGGUGGCUCUCACCCCUUCAUAUUCUUUUGCUACCACAAACUGAUGGUUGAAGCAAUCCAGGGUGAUUUCCCUGUCUAUUUCAGCAUUUUCGAGAUUUAUAAUGAGCAGGUUCAAGACCUGUUAUCUAAAGUUCGAAAGCCUGGUGGUCUGCGGGUUCGAGAAGGCAGGAAAGGAUUUUACGUUGAAUGCCUCAAAGCAGUGUCUUGUGACAGCUAUGAGAAACUGGAGGCCCUGCUGCGGGAAGGCAUACGAAACAGAAGCACAGCUGUUACCAAUAUGAAUGCAACAAGCAGCAGGUCCCAUAUGGUGAUCAAUCUACGAUUUAAACAGGUUUUAACCAAAGAGCAUUGCCUGAAGCAGUCUGAGAUUGAUCUGGUGGAUUUGGCUGGCAGUGAGAAACAGAGGAGUUCAGGAAACACAUCAGACAGAUUCAACGAAGCAAGAGCAAUCAACCUUAGCCUCACCACACUGGGAAACGUGAUCAGUGCUUUGUCAGACAAGGCUGUGGGCAAAAAGAUCCAUCACAUCCCAUACAGGAACUCAACUCUCACCAGGCUACUCCGCACAGCGCUUGGGGGAAACAGCAAAACCGUGAUGAUUGCUACAGUAAGCCCUGCACAUAUCAAUUAUGAAGAGACUUUGUCAGCUUUACGUUAUGCAGAAAGAGCAAAGAGCAUUAUGAAUAGAGCUGUAAUAAAUGUGAGUGCUACAGAGAGGCUUCUCAGAGAUCUUAAAGAAGAGAAUAGCAGGCUGCAGGCGAGAAUCGCAAGCAUUGAAACAGCAGGAGCAGUUGAAGAGAGAGAUGCUCUAAGGAGGCUGAUUUUGGAGAAUGAAAGCCAGUUAAGAGAGAUACAGAAGUCCUGGCAGCAGAAACUGGAGGAUGCAAAGAGAGAGUGGGAGCAGCAGUACGGCACCCUGGCAUUGGAAGAAGAGCUAAAGGCUACGCUCCCUUAUUUGGUCAAUGUCAGUGAAGAUCCCCAGCUGUCUGGAGUUUUGCGCAAACUCAUUAAAACUGGUAUUACGUCUGUAGGAAGGAUACCCAGCUCUGAGGAGGAUAUUGUGAUGAAAGGCCUAGGCAUUCUAGAUAAGCAUGCAGUGCUAGUGAACUGUGAUGAUAAAGUAACUAUGGAACCCCAGAAAGGUGCAAGAAUUCUGGUAAACGGAGUGCCGCUACUGACCAGGUCUCAGCUAAAGCAUCUAGACAGAAUUAUAUUUGGAUCCUGUGCGUUCUAUCUAUAUGUGGGCUUUCCUCAAGAACGCAGUGAAAAAGAUAAAAUCCACAAGUAUGGAAAGGAUUUUUUCCUGUCAGAAAUUGUCUCAGACACAGAAUUUGCUCAGCUACAUUUAGGCAGUUCUGACAAGCAGAAAGAAAACAUAGACCCUAACCUGACAAGACUGUUCCACGACUUCACCGCACUGAUGCCUGUGGUUAUGCAAGCUAACCAGAUAAGCCAAGAACUUGGAAAGAAUAUUUCCUUUGAGUUGGAAAUAAAGCACUUGGCUUUUAUGGAUGCCAAUGCAGGAGAGCUGGAUAAGGAAGUGAUUGUGAGGGUGACAAACACCAAGAAUCAGGUAUGGGUUUGGUCAAAGGAGAAGUUUGCUGAAUGCAUGCUUUUAAUGGAAGAUAUGUAUAAGAGAGACUAUCAAGAGAACUUACAGCAUGAUUUCUUCAAGGACUCAGUAGAGAGCAUCCACCUGGGGAGUGCUCAGGUGUGGCUUGAGUCCUUGGCCUACUGUAUGAGGUAUGAAGAGCAAGUCGAUGCCAGUAAUUCUCAGGGUAAUGAAGAGGCGAUUGUCCACAUUAAACUAUUGCCCUGUAAUGCAGAUGGAGUCCCUCUGGGGGAGGAAGCCGCUGUUGUUGAUCUGGAGGACCUCCUGGGGAGACGGAUGGACUUUCAGUUGCAGAUCAGUCAAUGUUUGGGAGUGAAAUGGAUUAAAGAACAAAUCAGCAGAGGCAUUCAGAUCGGAUUUCAGAUAUAUGAGCUCCCUGUUGUGUUUUACACAAAUAGCAGUUGGGGAAACAUUAAUCCGACUUUAGCCUACUCUGUGCAUUUCACCAUCCAACAUGUCACCAUGGAUUUUCUAAACUACUUGAAAACUCAUGCCAUCAUACUGGAGCUCUUUGGACUCCAAGAGGGCUGUCCUGAAAUGGAGACAUCAUAUGCUGACAUCCCGCUUUCUAAUGAGGGGACUGUUUUGCUGGACAUGUGCUACCAGGAUUCCCAGCAAUCAUGCACAUCAACAGAUUCUGGCAAUGACUUUUCAGAACUUCGUGAAAGACUCUUACACUUGGAAUUAGAAUGUGACAAGUUGAGAGAAGAAAACCGGGUCUUGAAGACUGAAAACAUUGAAAUGAGAGGGGAAAUGGAAAAGCGAGCUAGACAGAAUGCAAUUUCAGAUAAUACCUCUACCUCAGAGAAAUUAUCUAAUGACAGACUGAGCGGACGAUCUGCCUUUCCAAGUUUUGAUGCUGAGUUUGCCAAAGCACUUAAGAGGUUUUAUUUUGGAAUGAAUGGAGUAAAAGGAAAACUAAAUCAUCUGAAGGAGAUACGACCUUUGGAUGAAUAUAACAUUCAUUCCCUGCAGUACUUUGUUGAUGAAAGAAUCGAGCUGAUUAAGGAGUUUGGGGGAGACCUUGAGGGCUGUGUUGGGAAAAUGAAAAGUGACGUGGAGAAGAUAAUCCAGAAAAAGAAAGAGAUCCACCUCACACUUUCAACAAAAUAG